AAAAGGACAAGAAGAGAAAGUUUCUUGAUCACUUCGCUUCCAAUCAUAUCCAACCAAGUAAAUAUCUACUAAUCAGUCCAGGUGAUGAUGAAAAUAUUAGCAAGGCACUUCCGAAGCCUUCAAUUGAUGAUGAAGAAGAAAUUCAUCAUUUUCCAAUAGAGCAAUAUACUGCUCAGCACACCCAUCACGGGAGAUCAUUACUAGAUAUUGGUUCCGAUUGUCUCUUGGAAAUUAUCAAAUUUCUCGAAUUAGAUAAUAAUUAUUCUUCAUAUAUGAGAGUUUGCAAAAGUUUCUCCAGAUUGCUAAUUCCCCUCUUUUUGAAUCAAACACGUAUAAUUUAUGAAACCAAGGAACAUUUGAAGAGUUUGAGAGAGCACAUCAUUGAUAAUGACUAUAAUAAUGAUGAUGGUAGAGAUGGAUUGUUUUCUGAAUGUGCCACUUGGAAAGUUUCAUUGUGUCGUAAUGAUGAUGAUGAGGAUGAACAGUGGUCUGAGGUUGGAAAUGAAGAUGAGGAACAGUGGUCUGAUGAUGAGGAUGUUUUGGAGGUUAAUGAUUGUACUUUUCAGAGGAAAUUAAUACCCUUUGGAAGUCCUUUGUGUAGGGAAACUAUUAAGGAUCAGUUUUGGCUAGUUCAGGAUAAGAUUGACUUGCAGAGUUAUAAGAAACUUGUGGAAAAGGAGCUUAAACUUAACGAGAAGGAACAAGGACUGUAUGAAAUUAAUCCAUUUGUGUUUCAGGAAAAGAUUGAUAGAGAGAAAGGAAUGAUAGAGUCGUAUAUUAAUGAUGUUCAAGAAUCUAUCCAUGUUGAUUGUGGAAAUCCUAUUUGGCUAUCUUAUGAUGAUCCAAUAUUUACAGAUGAUGAGAGAUUUAACAUUUGUCAAAUAGAAUAUCAGCACAUUGCCUUUCAUGCAUUGAGAAGUGGUAUUUCAAGAUUGUCUAAACAAGGAGGUGUAUUGCUUUACGAACCAGCUAUAAUGGAGGAUAUGUUCUAUCAAUUGAAAAAGUUUAUAUAUUUGAUUAUUAAGGAUGCUUACGAAACUAAAUUUCCCAACAAGACAGAAGAAUUGCAGUUUGAAGAAUCUCUGGAGCAGUACUCUAGGUAUUGUAUAGAUCCCAACGACAAAAGUCUUCCUUGUUUUGAUGAUAAUUUGGAUACGGAUAAGAAAUUAAGCGAAAAUGAUAUAAUCGCUUCAUUUAAGAAAAUGACAGGUAAAUCAUUUUUAUUUGGAAAGGAAAACGAUCCCUAUGACUUGAAUGAAUAUCAAGUUACUAAGCCAGAAGAGCAAGAGCAAAAUAUUGUCGCUGAGGAUGAUUCUACAAGUGAUUAUUCGAGUGAGGAUGAUUCUGAAGAGGAGCAAGUUAAUUCAGAUUUUGAAAUUUUACAAUUUCCAAAACCAAUAGAUGCGGAAAACUUUAUCGAUGAUUCCAAUAUUUUCAAUUUUGACUUGGAAAAUCUUGGAGAUUCACUUCCUGAACUGUUAAUGAAAGUUUCCAUUCGUGUUCAUGAAGAAGUUUAUGGAAAGGAGAGAGCUCACAUAGAAAAGUUAUACUUGCAGAAUUGGUAUGGAAAUGGUGAUUUGUUUUUUAUGAACUGUUCAAAGCAAUUGGAUAAUCCACAACCUAUUGUAGAAGAAUCUCAACCUGAGGAAUUAGAAAGUAUUGAUAAUUCUGAAAUAGUGGAUUCUUCGUUGUACAUAGCUGAGAAUAAGCAAAUUGAAAUUGACAAGAAAGAGGACUUGGAGUAUUUUGGAUAUUCUCUUUAUGAAGAUGACUUUGAAGAAUUACCAAUUCUGGAGGAUGAAGAUUCGGAUUUGGAAUUACAACAAUCUACAGAGGAGGAAUCUCUUCGAUAUCAAUUAAGAAGAAUGCUUAGAGAGCAAUCAUACGAGUGUAUUGUCAAUUAUUUCGAGAAGAGGUAAAAAAUUGUUACCACUUUCGAAUAAUUAUU